CGCGUGGCUGACAGCAGUGUUUAGCGGCCCUUGUUGUUACGGGAAGUGACUGCAUUAGUUCAGACCGUUUAUUUCACACGAAGAUAGUUGAAAGUAUUUAAGUGUUUUUUGGUUAUCGCGGUUGUCGAAUAAUCCCCGGAAAAUGGCAGAGAGCGACUGGGACACCGUGACUGUCUUGAGGAAGAAGGGACCGACCGCUGCCCAGGCCAAAUCCAAGCAAGCUAUCGCAGCAGCUCAGCGACGUGGAGAAGAAGUUGAGACAACUAAGAAAUGGUCUGCGGGGCAGAACAGGCAGCACCUGGUGACCAAGAACACAGCUAAACUGGACAGGGAGACGGAGGAGUUGCACCACCAUAGGGUUCCUCUGGAGGUUGGCAAGGUCAUCCAACAGGGCCGCCAAGACAAAGGCCUGACUCAGAAAGACCUGGCCACUAAAAUCAACGAGAAACCUCAGGUCAUUGCCGACUAUGAGUGUGGGAAAGCGAUUCCUAACAACCAGGUCAUGGGCAAGAUAGAGAGAGCAAUUGGGUUAAAGCUGCGUGGGAGAGAUAUUGGCCUACCCCUGGAGCCAAAAUCCAAGCAGAAAUGAAGAUAAAGCCUCGAAAUCAGCCCCCCCCCCCAUCCCACCCCUUUAUGAAUUUAGGCUGAAUCCAAAUGUCUGCAGUCCAGGCUAGCGGACUUUGGUGUUAACGUACUGGGACAAUGAAGUGCUCAGCAUCAUGUCACGUUUGCAAGGAGUGCAAGUUUGUGAGGUUAUGAACUGUGCAAAAUGCACAGGGUGCUUCUAUGCACCCUAUGUAUUGCCUUUGUGCACUACCUGUUGACACCUAGUUGAACCUAGUUUUUUGGCUCUUGCUUGUGUUGUAAUCCCCUGACUAGAUCCUUGCUUGUAUUGUAUUAACUCUCACGUGUAUGUCGCUUUGGAUAAAUUGUAACAUUGCAACUUCAGACCAUGCCAAGAUCUGCCACCGGAAGCAACAAACAUGUAGACAGUGAUUGCUGCUGCGCUGGUUUAGAUUAUCGUGUAUUUAGCAAAAGCAUGCACUCGGAGGCCAAGGUUUAGACCGUAGUAGGCCCAUUUUGUUUGUGCAAUAUCAGACUUGAUGAAUUGUAGAAUUGGGGAGCCUUAGUCAAUCGGGACUUCACAGGUGUGUGCCCAUUAAGUCUGCUAGUCUGCUAGUGCAGGAAAACUAGGACGUUUGGAUUCAGCCAAACUCUUCAUCCCUUUCCCAUAUACCCCAAGAAACCCCAAAACUUUUUCCUAUCUCCUGUCUCCCCUCCUCUACCUGGGCUGAUCACACCUGUGUCCUGUUUGCGGACCUGGUGCUCCACUGCUUUAAAAGCUGCAUACUGACAAGUCAUCUGAAAUUAUUUCUUUACCACAAAUGAAUGAGUACAUUUCAGAUCAUUGCAACUGAAAGUGCUGUAUUAUAUUAUUUUUUUUUGUUGCCUUGACAUGAUACAUUCAUUUUUUUUAAAAUGGCUUUAAAACAAAAGAAGAACUUCUCCAUAACCAGUUGUUACUUUUCAGUUUUAAAAACUCAUUGAGAAAGUUUUGAUCACAUUCUUAUCACAGAUUCAAGAUAUUGAAUGAAGUUCACUGCAAUAUUGAAAUGUAUUGUGUUUUUAUUUUUAAAUAAAGUCUGGCAAGAUGUGCG